AUGUCGCUCCCCAACGGCCAGUCCGUCUGGCAUCCUCCCUCCUUACAGCAUGCAAACAGCAAUAGAAGUUUACCGCAUCUCGAUGAUGUUCCUGCGCGCACGCAGACCCCCGUCGAUAACUCGGUCACAUUGAUGCCUGAGGCACCACUUGAUAUCGAGGAAGAGAAUCGACGCGCCCUCUUCGCCGAUCUGUAUCGCAAGACCGAGGACAAGGUCGCGCUGCUCUUUGGCGAGGAUGGCACAUACAACUAUGCCGCGAUCAACGCUCUCCGCCGCCUGCCGGCCCCCUCCGCCACCAUUAUCCCUCCCGCGACCGAUCACGAGCCCAUCAAGGAGCCUCCGCUCAAGAAAGCAAAGCGAGCCAUCGAUGAGGAUGACUACGACGACGAUGACGAAGAAGAUGAUGAGCCCGCGCAACCUGCGCCCAAACCGCAGUCUUCCGCCGCCGCCGCCAACACUCUACUCUCCCCCUCGAAAUCAGGGAGCUCGCCAGUUCACUCGGUGACAUCACCCGGCAAGCAGGGCGACAAGUCCAAAGACAAGCCCGGCGAAGAUGCCAUCAAGAAACUGGAAGAGGCUCGCACAGCUACCGAAGAAGCAGCGCGGAGGAGCUUCCACACCAUAUUCCAUACUCUCGAAAAUGACCGUGCGGCUAUGCUUGAGCAGCAGCAACUGGAAGACUCCGAGAAGCAACUCCAAGCCGAAAUGGAUCACAACCAUCACCCAAAUCACAGCCACAACCAUGCCCCGAAUCAAGGUUCCCUCAGCAGCGCGAAUCUCGGCGCUUCAAGUCUCACCCUGAAGCAUCUCAUCGCCCGGAUAGACAUGAAGCGAGACCAAGUUCGCGCCUCUGAUGCAGAAUUGAGACUUCUCAUGAAUGAGGUCCGCAAGAAUCGGAGUAAAUGGGCUAGCGAGGAGAAUGUGAACCAGGAAGAGCUCUACGAGGCCCUAGAAAAGGUCUUGACGGAGCUCAAGGCGCAUACCGAAUACUCAACUCCCUUCCUGAACAGGGUCAACAAGCGAGAUGCCCCGAACUACUACAACUUCAUCAAGAACCCCAUGGACCUCGGAACCAUGACAAAGAAGUUGAAGAGUCUAACAUACAAGUCCAAGGCCGAAUUCGUCGUGGAUCUUAACCUGAUCUGGGACAACUGCCUCAAGUUCAAUCAGGACAUGAACCACCCGCUACGACGUAUGGCGAAUGGGAUGAGAAAGGAGGCAGAGAAGCUCAUCCCCCUAAUUCCCGACCUCGUCAUCCGCUCCCGGGCUGAAGUUGAAGCCGAGGAGCGGCGAAAACAGAACGGCGGCGAUGAUGACGGCGGAGACGACUCUGACGAUGAACCCAUCAUGUCGUCACGCGGCCGCAAAGCCGGCUCAAAGGGGACAACCAAAGCCCGAAAAGCACAUAACGAGAAGGAAGAUACACCAGCCAUUGAUCAAAAACCCAUAUUACAGGUCAACGGUCUUCUCGGAAAGGUCAGGGAGGGCUCUGAAGUAGAUGGGAGCAACGGGUUCGCCACUCCAAUCGCUGGAUCAAUCACACCAGGCGGUGUCAACGGCCACUCGGGAAUCGCAAGCAACGCCGAUGCCAUGGAUAUUGAUGGACCGAGCCUCAACGGAAUGGCUUUGAACUCGGCGUUUGGAGAGGCUGCUGAGCAAGCAUUCGAGGACGAAGAGUACAAGGUCUGGAAACAAACGACUAAGAAAGACCGGGCUCUGGUGGCCAAGGAGCGAUACCAGCUCUUCAAGGACAACAAGUUCAACGUCGAGGCUCCUGCAUUGGUCCGUACCAAGAACGGGAUGCGACGGUUCUUGAAGCGCCAGAGGGAGGCAGAGGCACAAGGCAUCAUCACGAAUGCCCAAGCAAACUCAGCCGCCGUGGCCACAAAGGACGGGGCGACAAAACCAACCGAGACCCUGGCUGAGGAGAUUGAGGAGGAGGCGGAGAAGGUGAUCCCUGACUAUUACGAUGCCCAAAGCAACAUCCCCGACAUCCACCCAAAGCUCCAGUGGAUCGAGGAUGGAGAAGGGCAAGUCAUUAAUCAACACGAGGACUUCCUCCGUCUGGUUCCCGCUGGGGGUUUCGUUGCGCCGCAGGGUCGCUUAACCAAGAAGAUGGACGAAAACAUCCACCAAAUCCAGGAAACAAGAAAACUCGCAACAAGGAUUUCGGUGAUCAAGCAGAUGCAAGUUCAGACUCAGGUGUACACGAACCAAUUCCCCAAGUCCAACUCGGACCCCUUUGUUGAGCAGGACAUUGAACCGCAUUUCAUAUCUGAUGAUGGUCCUGUAAUGGCGCCCGAGGUCUGCCAGAAUGCACUCAAGCGUUCCAUUGCCAAGAUUCUUUAUCACACUGGCUUUGAGGAACUUCAGCCUUCUGCCAUUGACACCUUCACUGGGGUCGCAUCUGAUUACUUCCAAAAGUUGAUCCGAACAUUCAACGUCUACAACCAGUCAGAGAAGAAGGCAGCAUCGGCCGCAGAAGGGUCCAAAUUCCAGCCUCGGUUCACCCCAGAGGAGGUAAUCCUGCACACGUUGGAUGAGAACGGCCACGACAUCGCCUCCUUGGAAGCGUACGCCCGGGAUGAUAUUGACAGGCUCAGCUCCAAGCUAGGCGGUCUUCACGAGAGGAUGAAGAUUCACCUCACAGAUCUACUCCGUCCCGCUCUAUCUCAGGAUGCGGGCGCUGACGGAGUAGGUGCCUUCAAGGAUGGCAGCGACCAAUUCGUUAGUGGCGACUUUGCUGAAGAUCUGGGCGAGGACUUCUUUGGUUUCCGAGCCCUGGGUCUGGACAAGGAGAUGGGACUCGACAUGAUCUCUGUGCCCCUGCAUCUAUUGCAGACCCGGGUGCGCAACCAGUACCAGAUGCAAACCCAGACGACUGGCGAGGCAACAACCGAUCUCUUUGAUCCCUUGUCGGCUUCAGACCCAGUUACCAAGGAGAACAUUCAGGACCAGAUCGGACUGGUCAAGAACUUCUUCCUGGCUAAGCUGCACGCUAAUGGCGAUCAGCCUCUCGUUGAGGAUGAAGACCUUCCAACCAAGCAGAAGAAGCCCCGCCCUCGUCUGGGUGCAAGUGGAAAGAUUGUCACGGCUCAGAAGCGAUCUCCUAAGGAGCAGAUGGCGCUCGCCAAGAAGAAGAAGAAGAUGGAGGCGGCAGCAGCCGAGGCCAAGGCCAAUGCCUCGCCCGACAAAGGAGCAGCCUCCAAUACUCCCGGCAAGAAGAAGUCGAUGACGGCGACAACCGGCACAGCGCCCAACCCUGCGGUGCUCGCCCUCGCCCCCAGCAUGGAAAGGCGGGACAGCACUCAGAGCCAGGGCAACGCCAGCCAGACGGACAAGGACGACACCAUCGGCAUGAUGAGCCCGGAGAGCAUUGCACAGUAGGCCAAGCAGAGCUUCCGGUAAUUCGCAUCGUGGAGGAGAGAGGGCGUUUGUUUACCAAGACACUGUUGCUCGCAACCUUGAAUACGAUGUGUGCUCAGUUUAGUCCAUCCAUCUUUGUGAGAAGAUGGAUGCGGCAGGCCAUGUUUACUAUUACGCUCAGUUCAGACCAUGUUAUCUGACAGCGAAACCAACAAGACAAGAGAGCGUGCAAACCCCAUCGAGCUUCUCUUUGAUUCACAAUAAUCAUGUAUUAUUUUCCCCUGCAUCUAUUUACUCUCAAACAUUUCUCAUGCCUCCAAAUAUGGUGGCUGUCAUUCGAAAGCUGGCAUUGUCGCCUCUCUCCUUGCCUAUUAUCUCAGUCGACUCAUACCACACAUGCGUUCGCGGCCUUUAUUUCAUCUUCAGAAGGCUUUGGUAAACAAGCAGUAUCUACACGACACAGGGAAGAUGAGCAAACCCUUUGAACGACUACAACAGCACCAAGCGAGACGGACUUAUUCGAGAUGGCCUCUUUACCCCCUUUUUUUCUUUGCUCUUUUUUCUCUCUCGACAUAGGCCAUUUGGACAAGACAAAAGCAAAACGUGGAGGUGGUCGGUUUGGCAUUCUUUUCCACAACUGCCCGGCGCACGGAAAGGCUCACGCCAGAUGGAAGAAGUGAAGCGAGGCUCUCCGAUGUUUUUUUUUGUUGUUGUUGUCCGACAACACCCCCUUUUUAUUUGUUUUUUUGGACUUUGAUGAGACCCAGGUGGGCUCUUGCAUUUUGUUAUAUACGACGAAUGGGUGUGUCUUUUUUGUUUCUCGUUUGCUAGAAGGAAACUGGAUAGCCUGGCUAAAGAAAGGUCGGGCUAGGAUGGAAUGGACGAAUGAAAUCGUGAUGGAAUGGAUCGGAUUUGAUUGAUGUAACGCACGGCUGGGAGAUUCAACGAACAAGAUGAUGGAUACCUUGAGGAGGGGGAUGGAGAUGGACGGCCGUGCGGGUUUGAAAGCUGUUGUUAAAGGCAGCGCGUUCCAGAGGCUGCUUGCUUGCUUUCUUGAUUAGAAUAGGUAGGCAACUAAUAAGCCUUGAA